AUGGCUGGCAGCCAAUUCGGCGUGCAGUGCUCCGUCACGCCAAUGCCGAUGCCUGUUGGGCGCUCAGAAUCUGGGGAAGUCUCGAUGUGUGGGAUUGAUGAGCUGUUCCUGCGAGCACAGGCAGCGCCACCCAAGAACCGUCUUCGCCGCCGAGAUCACGGCCGCUGGCACGGCAAAGAUCCGCUAGACCCUGGAAGACGAAUGGCAGGCAGCGCUAGGCCGAAGAUGCACAAAGUUACGACACUGGCAGGUCUCGACGGCGGGCGAGCACUCAUGCAAGGUCCCCGGUUUCUUCCAAAGGCUUCGCUUAGCGCGAGGAAAGUGUUGGGGUUCAACAGAGUAGCAGCUCCAUUCCACCGCCUUUAUUAA